UCCUUGGGAUCGACGUUACUCUCAGAGUCGCUGUGAUAGAAAAUAAACAUUUCGUACCCAUCAAAUUUAGAGAAUUUUAACAGUGAAAUUCUAUGUCGUAAAGAGUUAUUUUUAAAAAGAAAUGUAAUUUUAGAAUCUGACACAUUUGCCAGCAGUCAUUAGAAAAGCUAUGUCAGAACUGUGUGCUAAGUUUGUGAGAGUGCGUGUGUUUGUUUCUCUCUUUCUCUCUCCGUGUCUUUUUCAGGCUCCGGAAGAACAGGAGAUGGUCAGAGUGGGUGUGACCUUACAGUAAGUGUCGGUAUUAGGAGGAGGGGUGUAGGAGAGAAGGGGAGCGUUUGACAGGAGGGCUCCACAACAAGCUGUGGCAGUUGAGCUCGGUGCUGAAACAGUCUGCACCCACUGGCUGGCUAACGUCCCGGUUACAGUUUCGCCUGGAGAGAGAGGGAGAGGAAAUGAGCGAGGGAUAUUCUGAAAGAUAGAACAUUCGAUAUUGAUGUGUAAAAGAAAGACAGGUCUUGUAGGGGAAAAGGCAGGAGGAAUUUAAAGAAAAGUACAAGUGCAAGGAUUCACUCUGCUUCUCAGGUGUCUGCUGUCAUUGAGCUUUUUUUAGGGCUUUAUUUUUACCACCAGGACUACGUUCCUACAACUUUGGCCCAGAGGCUUGCAUCUGCUUGUACGCUAGUGUGUAGGUUUUUUGUAGAGUUUUUUUUUUUUGUUGGACAUGGCCAUGGCUGAGACGAACCUCAAAUUAGAUCGCGUGGCUCUUAGUGAAAUAUCUGAUGAUGAUGAUGAGGUGCUUUUGGUCACAGCGGCGGCCAAACCGUCAUUAACUACUCCGACCUCCAACCGCAAACAUAUAGAUGACGAUGACGACGACGAUGAAGACGACGAUGAAGACAACAAACCAUCCAAAGAUGUGGAUUUGAAGCUGGGACUGGACAACAGUGACUCCCAGAGAUCAGAAGCUCAAGCAACGGGCAUGAUGGUCCUGGCUCUCUUGGACAAGAUCAUCGGUGUUGUGGAUCAGAUCCAGCUGACGCAGAACGGCCUGGAGUCCCGGCAGGAGAGCAUGGAGAAGAACAUGUCGGGCAUCCAAAGUGAGCUGCACAAGCUAGCCAAGAGUCAGGGUGGCACAGCUGGCACGGUCACCAAGCUCCUGGAGAAGGUGCGCAAAGUGAACGUCAACGUGAAGAGCGUACGGUCCGAACUGGAGAGGCAGGCGGGUCAGAUUAAGAAGCUGGAGACCAACGAGCAUGAGCUGCUGAAAAGGAAGAAUUUUAAAGUGCUCAUCUUCCAGGAUAAAGAAAAGCCAGUGAAGACCACUCAGAAGCCUGAGGCAGCAGUAGGCGAGGAAGGUGAACACGUACUAAGUGAGGGAGAGGAACCAAAAGGCACUGAUGAAGUGGUCGAGAUCGAGGAAACUGUGGAGGAAUCGCGGGUGGCUCGCAUCAAACGCAGCGGCCUGCAACGUGUGGAUGAAAUUAAGAAGGCUUUCAGCAAGGAGCAGAUGGAGAAGACCAAGCAGCGAACCAAAGAGAACCUAGAGAAAACCCGUCAGAGAACCAAAGAUAAUUUGGAGAAGACGCGUGUGAGGACCCGCGAGAACUUCCAGAAGACCAGGGUGACCCUUGGGAAGAAGAUGGGCAAGAUAGGAACGAAGAUCAGACCCAAAAAAGAACGCAAAGUGUCUCGUGAAAAGAUAAAGAAGUCGCUCAAAUCCGACAAGGUCUACGCCCGCUCGAGGAUCACCACUUACCGUGUGCCUCCGUUCACUUUCUACGUGAAGAAGAUCCGCGAAGGUGAGGUUCCGGAGCCUGAAUCCGAGCCCGAUGACGAAGCCGAAGAGCCGCAAGUCGAGGACAAGGAAGACGCAGAGGCGAAGGAAGCUGAGCUGGUUAACCUGAGCAGCCCUGACGAAGCUCUGCUCGAGGUAGAUGAUCAUUCGCAACUCGUAAUCCAGGAUUCAGUGAAGCCACGGGAGAAAGCAAGCCAAUGAAGCGGAUGCAGGAGGAAAAAAAUAAAUCUGGAGCUGAAGAUGAAGGCUACGUGAACGUAUACACAGACGUGACAGUGAAGAGUAAAAUUGCUGAAGGAUGAAAUGUUGGAUUGAGGAACAACCUCAUUUAGAUAACACUCUUAACCUCAUUUAGAUAACACACUUUUUAUAAACACAUACAGUAUAUUAACUCCAGGCAGCUGUUUCUAAUCGCAGUCUCCAUAAGUUUGAGUUUCUAAUAAUUAGUUGAUGAUUCAUAUGAGGUGUAGCAGGGCGCUUUCACACCUUGUCGCCUUUGUGAGCAUUCGAAUAACAAACCUGACGUGCGGCUUUUUUGUUAUUGCUUUGUUUGGCUUUUUCACACUGGAUGUAGGUAAAGAACCCGAAAGCUAAAAGUGGACUGAAAAUAUAACGUCCUUAUUCAUUGAUCAGACAAUAAACAAACCAUCGACUGUAGAGUUCCUUUUAAAAUCGGAGCCAAAUAUAAUCAUAUAAACAAUUUUAACGCGUAUUAAUCCAGUGUUCUUUUUUUUUUUUUUACAUUUCACA